AUGAAUAAACAAACUUGUCAAUACCUUUAUUUAAAAUUUUCAAAAUUAUUGUUGGUGAUCUCUAAUAAAUUUUUUGUUUUAUUUCUUUUAAUUUUUGCGUUGUCUACAGCUUUAUUGGAGGGGCGUCGAUGUUAUUCCUGUUCUGGACAAUGUUUAGCUGGUGCACCAUGCAACUGCCAGAUGGGGUCUUGUGAGGCAGAUUAUUGUUUUGCAGAGAAACAGCCUUCAGAAAUCCCAGGAAUUUUCAGGCUUUCCAAAGGGUGUGUGAAGAGGCCCUCUAGAACUCGAGCUGGGUGUGAUUUUGACCAUUUUUCUGACCAUGUCCUGUGUGUUUGUGCUGGGCCUGAUUUUUGUAACGACCAAAUUCUUAUGCAUGUGAACACAGCCACGUGGAGAAACGUGACUUGUAGGCAAUGUCCAGAUGGAAGGCCUGAUUGUGGGCAGACAUGUCAAGGCCAAUGGUGCCAUCAAAAAACUUCAACAGGCGCAGCUGGCUGUGGUUUUGGCCCUCCUUCGCUUCCAUACUUGUACAAAACGGCAGAACUUUUACAACGUCAACAACACGUUUGUUUGAGUAUUAGCCGUGGGGGUGGAGUAUCUCCCCAACGUUUCUGUAUUUGUGGAGGGAAAAAUAUGUGUAAUUCAAAUGGGGAUGAUUCUGGAAGUGAUUCUUCUUUUAUUUCCUCUUUGCUAAAAAGUUUGGGUGGAGGAGGGGAGAAAAAACAACAAAGAGAGCAACAACAAAGGCGUCAAUGGGAAAUGUCAGUAGCAGCACAAAAACUUCCCCCUUUACCACCACUUUAUGAAUGCAUAAAUUGUGAUAUGAGCGCAGAAGAUGUGCCUUCUUCAAUGACUUCUGGAUGUAGACAAAAUAAAUGUAAAGGCCAUUUCUGUGUUUACGCAGCCCAAAGAAUAUUUUCCAACAAUUGGUCAACCAAUAGAAAUGGAAAUAAUAAUGGACAACAAACUUCCCCUUCCCCAAAAAUGCACGAAAAACGUGGUUGUAUAAACGUAACAACGCCUACUUUUGUUCAACUUGGAUGUACACACAAAUGGGUACAGAAUGAAUUGGAAGAGAUUUAUUGUGCUUGCAAGGGGAAUACUUGCAAUUUCGACUUGGCGACGGCUAGUCAGUCUUUGGCAGAAAAACAACUUCUAGUUUCACCUUUAAAGCUCAUAUUUUUUCUGUUAUUUUUAUUUAUUUUUUACUUAAUUUUUAGUGCCUUAAUUUUGUAA